AUGCGGCGAAUAGUGAGAAUUUUACUUGUUGGAGAUGAUGGUGUUGGGAAGAGUACUCUAAUAAUGUCUCUUAUAAAGGAGACAUUUGUUCCAAAUAUCCAACACGUCAUCUCGGAAGUCACAAUUCCACCAGAAGUCACCCCAGAAAACGUGAUUACGCAUAUUGUCGAUUCAUCUGCACGUCCGGAACAUCGUGAACAGCUUGAAUUAGAAAUCAAAAAAUCCCACGUUAUAUGCAUUGUCUAUUCAGUAGAUGAUGAACAUACUUUUAACCGCCUUGCAUCAUAUUGGUUGCCAUAUAUUAGAGGCCUUGGGGUUCCUGUUGUGUUAGUAGGUAACAAGAUCGAUCUUCGGGGCGAUCAUGUAGCUAAUCAGUCUCUAGAAGAUGAAAUAAUACCGAUUAUGAAUGAGUUCAAAGAAGUAGAAACAUGCGUCGAAUGUUCUGCAAAGCAGCCAUUAAACGUAUCCGAAGUGUUUUAUUUUGCACAGAAAGCCGUACUUCAUCCAACUGCACCCUUGUACGAUUCUAGAGAACAUGUCUUGAAACCGGCAUGCAUUGAUGCACUUAAACGUAUUUUCAGUCUUUGUGACAUCGAUAAAGAUGGUGUACUGGAUGAUAAUGAGCUUAAUGAAUUUCAGCGAAAAUGUUUCAGUGCGCCACUUCAACAACAAGAACUUGAAGGCGUCAAGGAAGUUGUAAAGGAGCAUGAGCCUAGUGGUGUUAAUGAAGUGGGCUUGACCGAACUUGGCUUUUUAUUCCUUCAUACGCUUUUUAUACAACGAGGACGACUAGAAACUACGUGGACAGUUCUACGAAAAUUUGGCUAUGGUGAUGAUUUAUCGUUGAGAGAAGACUUCCUCUUCCCUCCAUUCGAGGUCCAACAUGAUUGUUCCGUGGAAUUAAGCCCCAAGGGAUAUCAAUUUUUUGCAGAUAUAUUUCAAGUUUUUGACAAAGAUAAAGAUGGAGCGUUGAAAGAUAACGAAUUGGCAUCGCUUUUCGCUACAACACCUGGUAAUCCAUGGACAAAUUCUGAAUUUCCUCACACCACAAUCACAAAUGAGGCAGGUGCAGUUACAUUACAAGGAUGGCUGGCACAAUGGAGUAUGACAACACUUCUUGAUUACAAGACGACAUUGUCAUACUUAGCGUAUUUGGGAUUUGAGGGCGAUACAACAACAGCUUUAAAAAAAACAAAACCAAAGAAGAUAGACAAAAGGCGAAACAAAGUUCAGAGGAAUGUGUUUUUGGUAUAUGUCUUCGGCGCAGCAGGUUCUGGUAAGACGUCGUUGUUGAGAGCGUUUGUAAAUAAACCUUUUACGGAUGGCUAUACACCGACCACAAGACCUUUUAGUUUAGUAAAUUCUGUCGAAAUCAAAGGGGAAGAAAAAUAUUUGGUGCUGCAAGAGGUUGGUUCGAAAUAUGAAGCUGAAAUAUUUCAAAACAGGCGCAAAUUAGAGAUGUGUGAUUUGCUUUGCUUUGUAUACGAUUCGAACAACGCAGAUUCCUUUUCACAUAUUGUCGAGCUUAGGAAGCGGCAUGAUUUAGAUGAUUUCGCGACCGUAUUUGUUGCAACAAAAAGUGACUUAGAUUUGGUUCAACAGCGGCACGAGGUUCAACCAGACGUUUAUUGUCGCAGCUUGGGACUCGCCGUUCCUUUAUGUGUAUCAGUAAAAAAACAACAAACUGCAGAUUUAUGGAAUCUAUUAACCGGGUUAUCUAUAAACCCAGCUAUAGCUACUCCAAGACUUGCGAAUGCAUCACACUGUGCAUCCAGGCUUAAGCGAUAUCUAACAUUCACGGCUGUGAUGGGGGCAGUAAUGGGGGCCGCAUUUUUAGGAUAUCGGCUAUUUCAGCAUCAGCGAGGAUUUGGAGGUAUAACAAAAAGGGAUAUAUUAUAG